AUGGACACCUUGUUAGCACAAAACAAGGCAAUCGCAACACAAUUAGCAGCCUUAACAAAGAAGGUGGAGGCAAGCCAAGUCUCAGUUGUCCAAGCUCAAGCACCACCACAAGAAGAAGAUGCAUCAGAAGUUGAAUGUGAAUGGGAGCAGGCAAAUUAUGUAAACAACCCAUCUAGACCAGUAUAUGAUUCAAACUCUAAAACAUACAACCCAGGAUGGAAGAACCACCCAAAUUUUAGGCGGGAAAACCAACAAGACCACAAACCCUAUCACUCCAAUCAUCACAACAACCAUAAUACCAACCACCAAUCAAGAAACAACAGACCCUACCACAGCUCACAAAACACAUCACAUCACCCCACACAGCAGACACACAAUAGCCACCACCAAGAUACAUCAACCCCCACCAUGCAACUAUGUGAAACCAGUAAUAGUUUCUCAAAAUUAGAGGCAGCCAUAGCACAAUUGUCAACACAACUGACCAGAACUAUCUCUACUAUUCUGGAAAGACAGCUACAAGCUGACAGAAAAAUAGAUGCUAACCAGGAAGAGGCCGGAUCCAACAUAAAGAAUCAAAGGGCAGCGAUUUCAAAGUUGAAGGCACAAUUAGGGAGCUUAUCUAAGCAAAUAUCUAUGUCCAUACAUACCUUUUCUAGUGACACCGUGGCUAACCCCAGGGGAGAGUGCAAGGCCAUAAAACUAAGAAGUGGAAAGGUUGUAGAAGAAACAACCCCAAGCCAAAGCCACCAAGAAGAAGAAAUUGCAAAGGAACAUAAAAUCAAGAAGGAAGAAAAUACCUCUGCACCAUCCUCACCAAAGCAAGUCUUGAAGCCUUAUGUGCCACAAGCACCCUAUACACAAAGGCUAAGGAAGGAUGAGAAAGACAGCCAAUUCUCUAGAUUUUUAGAAAUCUUCAAGAAGCUCCAAAUCAUCAUACCCUUUGCUGAGGCACUAGAGCAAACGCCAUUCUAUGCUAAGUUUUUGAAGGAGCUCAUGAAAAGGAAGAGGAAUUGGGGAGAGAAAGAGACUAUAGUGCUCACUGAGGAAUGUAGUGUCAUAAUACAAAAGAAGCUUCCCCAGAAACUGAAAGAUCCUGGGAGCUUCCAAAUCCCCUGUAUCAUUGGGAAUAUGAACAUUGAGAAGGCAUUAUAUGAUCUCGAAGCUAGCAUAAACCUCAUGUCUUUGGCCAUGAUGAAAAUAAUGAGAAUAGAGGAAGCCAAGCCAACAAGAAUGGCACUCCAAUUAGCUGACAUAACGUUUAAAUUCUCCCAUGGUGUGGUGGAAGAUUUAUUGUUGAAAGUGGGGGAAUUCAUCUUCCUAGCUGAUUUUGUUGUGCUUGACAUGGAGGAAGAAGUCAAGACAUCAAUCAUCCUAGGAAGGCCAUUCCUAGCUACUGCUAGAGCCAUAAUUGAUGUUCAAAAAGGGGAGCUAGUCUUGAGAUUACAUGAAGCGAAGAUGGUUUUCAAUGUCAUCAAGGAAAUGAGCUACCCCAAGGAAGCCAUUAGUGAAUGCAUGAUGGUGGAUACCAUUGAGAACAUGGUUCAAAGAGUCAUAGAGGAAGAACAAUAUGAAGAAACCCAAGAGCAAGAUCAACAAGUCUCAUGUGGUGAGCUACCACUGGAGGCUAUGGAUAAAUCAAUCAUGAUGGAUAAGCCAAGCAAGAGGAAAUUGAAGGCACCAAAGUUGGAACUGAAGAUUCUACCCCCAAGUUUGAAAUAUUCUUACUUGGGUGAUAACAAUACAUACCCAGUGAUCAUUAGCUCAAACUUGAAUGAGGAAUAA